CCGUCAUCAGCGCAGAGCCCAAAUCUCAAUGUUUGCUUCCCUUUCCUCGCUACUACUGCUCAGCACCACUGGCCUAGACGUGGAAUACCACGAGUGAUUGGAGCAAGAUGGAUUGGAUCAAGGAUUCAAUGCUUUCGUCAGGACCCAAGGCGGUGUCCUUUCGCAUCGCACAUAACCCUCGUCCUACCUCAUCGUCAUCCCCAUUCCUAUCCUCUUUACUCGCCCCACCCCUUCUUCUUGGAGGCUACCUUACGAACACCGAAAUUCAUCGCUGCAAAUUGGCGACAAGAGAGUGUAGAGACGUUACCCACCUUCUCCAUGCAGGUCACCGCGUACUUCCCCCCGUUCCUAUGGGACUUUUGGCUUCGCGCAACGAAGGCAUACGAUGCAGAAACCAGCAAACCUCCCGUUCAAGGGCAUCUCAACCUCUAUGACACGUUCGAGAACGAGUUCAGAGAGAUCGACGAGUCUCCGAUAUCCCCUCAUCACCAGUCUGAUGCUUUCGCCGACCUUCACCAUCCGUCACACGGCCGACGCACGGUGGCCCGUCUCCACCAGCUGCAAGAUCGGCUACGCCAACUCGAGAUCAAGGCGGAGACCGCUAUUUCUAUCCUAGUAGACGAGGGCACGCACAAGAGAUAUUGGCGCUAUGGCGCAUACUCUGUCCCCAUGGACUCUCGCCAAGCAGACGACCUGCGCAAGUACAUCGCUUUCCUUCACUUUCGCAAUGGUCCCGUCUACCAGCGUCUUGUGGAUGAUACGCGUGCCGAGUUGGGUGAGGAAUGUGACACCUCGAUGAACUCAGAAUCGCCGAGCCUGCUAUUCACUCUCGAAGCCAUCGGCACAUUCCUCAAGCUUGGGUCGCGGCACCGUGUUGGGAAUCUGUGUAUGCAGUCCGGGUGCGGCCCGGGAGACAACAUAUACUUGCAGGAACUGCAUAACCUGUGUUGGCGGUUCGCGAAUAGCGAUCUGAGCAUAGGCAAGGCGCAUGGUGGGGAUCAUGAGUAUAUCCUUUCAGAAAGCCCUCUAGGACUUAUGGAUGAGACCUUCGAUGCUCUACCCAAUACAUACAACCUCUUUCUACCCGUCACCCCCAAACUCGCCAUCUACCUCCUCUGCGACGAAGACAUAUCCGCCCCCGCUUCCCCCAACCCCCUCCCCACCCUUAACUACAUCCAAAUCUUUCCCGAGGCCCAAAUCGACGUCCACCUCCGCAACGCCUUCGUCCUGCACUCCGCCCCGCGCCGCCUCUACUUCGCGUCCUUCCGCUCCAUCGCGCUCUCCGUUUCUUCGUACGACGAGUUCCGGCGCUCGCCGGCGCACAAUGACUAUAGUCGGUUGAAGCAGCGGUGCCGGCAGAAGUACCUUCAGCAGACGGUGACGAAGACGCUGGUCAUUCGAAAUGCGAUCGUGGUGACGGAUCUGACGGAGCGGGUGGAUAGGUUGGGGAGCUCGCCCGUUGCGCAUGGGUCGUUUUCGGAUGUGUGGAAGGCGAUGUGGGAGGACCCGGUCGAGCAUCGGCCAAGAUUUGUCGCACUCAAGCUCCUGCGCCAGAUUAUGGCUAACAACGUUAGGGAGAAAUUGCUACGACGCCUGUCGAGCGAAGUCGCCGCAUGGCAUCGUCUCUGCCAUCGCAACGUUGCGCAGUUUCUCGGCAUUUAUCAGACCUCAACGACGCUUGGGAUGGUGUCGCCCUGGUGCGACAAUGGCACCGUGCAGUGCUUCUUGCGGGCGAACAAGAAGCAGGACAGGCCGGCCAUCCUCACAGACAUCGCGUCUGGGGUCGACUAUCUGCAUAGCUUCACGCCUGCCAUCGUUCACGGUGACCUGAAGAGCGGCAAUAUACUCAUUGACUCGGAGGGCAAACCUAUCCUCACCGAUUUCGGCUUGUCCAAAGUACUAGACGACGUCGCGGAGUGCGCACGGUCAAGGCAGGGCUCGUCGUUCUGCGGGGGGUCGACAAGAUGGAUGGCGCCCGAGCUCAUUUUCGCGAUGGCGGAGGAUGAGCCAAAGUGCUUUGAGCUGACGACGUGGUCGGAUAUUUAUGCCUUCGCAUCGGUUUGCUUAGAGAUCGUCACUGGCGCCCUCCCAUACCCAACACGCCAGAACGAGGUGUCGGUGGCCGUGGACGUCUAUCGCGGGAUCAGGCCCUCGCAAGGUGCAAAGCUCUGCAUCGGCUUGAAGGACGAGCAGGGCUUCUGGGACUUCCUCCAUAGAUGCUGGAGCCCGAAUGUCUUUGAACGGCCGAGUAUGAGCAAGGCUGUCGACUUCAUGCACUCAGUCGUGCAAGUGAAGGUAUGCGAUGACGCCCUAUGAUCUCUAUGCGCAUGGAAUCGCAAGUCCUCGCACACGAUAUUACGACCUCAUUUAUCUAUAUGCAUUGGACUUCACAUCCCACGCACAUAAUUCAAUCAUGUAUCAGUAUCUAUGCGCAACGCUCUAAUAUGUACCAUACUCUUGAUAAUGCCAGGCGCGGCGAUGAACCAGUGC